GUAGAUCGCCUGGAGUGAGCGGGAAAACUAGUCCGCCGGGUGGCUUACAGGGCAACAUUUGGAGGGCAAAUUUGCCAUUAAAAGUGUGCACAUAUUUAAGAUAGAACAUUUAGCACCUGAGCUCAUCCCUCCAAACGAACCCCGCGGCUGUGCCUCUAAUCCAAUAUCGAUUCCUUAAUCCCGCGAAUAGUGAGAGCAGAUUCUAAAUGGCAAAGCAGGACCCAUCAGAUUCAGAACUCGAACCAGAGAAGUUGAGCGAAAUCGAAGAAGAAGAUGAAGAAGAUGAAGAAGGGGAGGAGGAAGAGGAGCCUGGGACUCCCAUUAGGAAUGUGGCGAAGCAGGGGAUAUCGGAGUACGAAAAACAGAGGCUAUUGAGAAUUGCAGAAAAUAAAGCGAGAAUAGAGGCUUUGGGUCUCCACAAAAUGGCCUCUUCCUUGAUGGGUUCAACUCAGAAGUCGAGUCAAGCGCGGAAAUCGAUUCAGCGAAAAUGGAAGAGCAAGGUCGUUGAGGAAGACGACGAUUAUAGGCCCGAUGAUGAUGAUGAUAAUGAUGAUACUGACGAUAAAGAUGAUGCUGAGUCAGAUGGGGACGAAGAUGAUGAAGAUUUUGUUCACAUUCAAUCUUCUUCAAAGUCGCAUAGAAACAAGGUUAAGGAUAAAGUCCCAAAACCUAAGAAGAAGGUUACCGUUCAAAAGAAUCUUAGUAGCGCAGAUUACAUUGAUGAAGAAAAUGAGGAACUAAUGCGGGCCAUCGCUCUCUCAUUAAAAGAUUCUGCCGAAGAUGCAACCCUUAAAGAAAGAAAGAGGGAUGCUAACAUUCAAGAAGAUGCAAGGAGGAGGAAGAGAAAAAAAUCGCAGUUCAAUAACCGGGUGCAGAUUACUGAAGAUGAACUGAUUUUACACUUCUUUCAGUUUGAUGAAGCAGGAAGAGGAUUUCUAACAAAGCGGGAUCUACAAAGAGUAGCAACUGCUCAUGAUUUUACAUGGACAGAAGGGGAAUUGGCUGAUAUGAUACAUUGCUUUGAUAGCGAUGGAGAUGGGAAGCUAAGCCUUGAUGAUUUUCGUAAGAUUGUUUGCCGUUGCAACAUGAUACGGGGUUCUGAAAAUCAUUGAUGAUUAUAAAACCUCAGUUGGAUGUAGCAUUCAAUUUCCAGGAACGUGUUGAGAUUGGGAUUUCAGAUGGACCAUUUCUCCGCCUUGUCAACUACUCCAAAUUUAGCAUCAGAAUGUCUUUCUUGAUGUUUCAACUUAUUGUUUAGUUCAUUGCCCUCUUUUGGACAAAGCGGAUGAAGCGACUGUUCCUGCUUGAUGGGCCUCGUUCGGCCUGAGCAAGUUUGUGCGAUUUCAGACCAAUUCUAUUGAGCACGUUUCCUUCGGCCGAAUUCGCUAGCGCUUGCAGUCUGAAUGGAGCUGCCAUAUUGACGUCAGCGUUAGACUUUAGCGCUUUUGGGUUUUUAUUGUCCGGCACCAUUUGUUUUUAUCGCUUUUUUUUUUUUUUUUUCUCGAAAGGUUAAUAUUCAUUAAGAUUGGGAUAUGAUCCGAGGCCUACCGCCUACAAGCAAAUAAAGGUUCAAGUCUUACACUUAA